CUGCUGCUGCUGCCGCCGCUGCUGUUGGCGUCUGCCGUCGCGCCGACAUCGUCCACCUCGUAUCGUGGGCGCGCGCUGUACCGGGUGACGUUCACAGACCAGCAGCUGCCACUGCUGGACCACCUGAGGAAGAGCUCAUCCAUUAGGGCCUGGAAUGCGCCGGGACAGCCGACUUACGUGGUGAUGGUUCCGCCGCAGCUGCACCGCUACUUCCGCGAGAAACUCCGGCGCCAAGGCGUGGCCCACCAGCUGCUCGUCCCAGAUGUGGAACAGAUCUUUCAGAGGAAGCAUAACAUACAAUGGAAACCCAUGGUUCAAAACGAUGGCGGCACCAGUGUUUCUUUUUCGAGGUACCACCGAUACGACGAGAUUCGGCAGUACCUGCUGGAUCUGGCGGCGAGCUUCCCCAUCAGGGUGAGUGUGGAGACCAUCGGACAGAGCUCGGAGGGCCGACCCUUAGACGUGAUACAGAUCUCGUCCGGCGGCGAUGGUGCGCGACCAAUGAUCCUGAUGGACGCAGGUAUCCACGCCAGGGAGUGGAUCGCGCCCGCCGCCGCCCUCUACGUCAUCAACCAGCUGGUCGAGAACGGAGUACACAGCUCUCUCGUCGACAGCAUCGACUGGCACAUUCUACCCCUUCUCAACCCUGAUGGAUACGAGUAUACCUUCACAACGGAUCGCAUGUGGAGGAAGACUCGCUCUUUUGGUCCUUUUUUGUGCAGAGGAGUGGAUGCCAACAGGAAUUUCGACUUUCACUGGAACGAGGUUGGCACCAGUGACUCCUCCUGCGGCGAGGCCUACGCCGGAGAGGGGCCUUUCUCUGAACCUGAGACAAGAGCACUAAGGGACUACGUACUCAAGAACGCUGAUCGCAUAAAGCUUUACCUUACGUUACACAGCUACGGAGGAUUCAUAUUGUACCCUUGGGGAUACACCACUGAGCUGCCCGAGGACUGGGAAACACUGCACGCACUGGCAGAAGAGGCCAACGCCGCACAGGUCGCAGCAGGAGGCCAGAACUUUACCAUCGGCAGUUCCAGAAACGCCAUGUAUCCAGUGUCUGGUAACAGCGACGACUGGGUGAAGGCCGUCGCUGGAGUGCCUCUGUCGUAUACCAUCGAACUCCCUGGUGGAGGAAGCCAGGGUUUCGACCUUCCAGAGUCUGACAUCAUCAGCAUAGUGAAGCCAUUUUUUGAAUCCGUCAGAGUCUUCGGCCAAUAUAUCGCUGCUAACUAUGAAUAAAUAUUAUGUAUAACGACUGCAUGUAUAUAAACGAUGCACAUAAAUGCAAAAAUAGUUCCUAAUAGCUAUUACAAUAAUGAUGGUGAUAAAUCAUUACAAUAAUUAGACUAAUAAAUUUCUAACUUUCAAAGAG